AUGAUGCGCUACGAUGAAGGUGAACUCACAGACCAUAGGCCCUGUGCUGGCGUAAGAGCAGACCUCAAGAUGUGUCUGUUGGAAUCGGACUGUUGUAAAAUAGAAAGAAAGUUGCCCAAAGACUGCUUGAAAGAGAAAAACUGUCCACCUGAAUGUUUGGCAUUACAAAAUACAUUUUUUGAAUGCAAGAGGUCACUUUUGGACAACAGGCAGCGGUUCAGAGGAAGAAAAGGCUAUUAA